GAUAUCCAACCCGUGAACAUGUCUGGUGACAAUAGCAAAAAGACACCUUAAUAGCAAAUAGUGUAAAGUAGGAUCAUACUAAUCUCUUAGAGGAAGCAUCUCCUUCACAACCACAUCUCUAACUGCUAUAGGCGUUGGCGGCGUUGGUGUGCAGUUAUGCUUGUGUGGAGGAAGAAGUUGUGUUGGCUGUGAUAGAGAAGGGAGGAAUUGUAUAAAAAAAAAAAAAAAAAAAGUUACCCCAACUGAAUAGAUGAAAUGACCCUAAUACCCCUGAUUUGCAUACGAAAUUUCAAACUUAUAAACUUAUGAAAUGACCACUCAUAGUCUCAUUUGAUACAGCAAAGAAAAAAAAUGGCGUUAGUUGGAGUGAAGCAACUGAGUCUAUCUUUUGCUAUUUUUGGGUGUUCCUCCAAUCCCAGAAUGCCCGCCAUUUCUCUGAAUAAUUUCCCUUCUUCAUCUUCCACUUAUUCCCCUUUUCAAUUCCAGAAUAUUCAAGUCCUAAAAAACAGAAACCCAAAAUGGUUUACUUCAAGAAUCCAUUGUUCUGCAAAUUCUGGCCCAAUUACUCAGAAAAAUGCAAUUGUGAAGGAGAGAAGCGUUUCUGUCAUCCUUCUUGCUGGUGGCAAAGGCAAGAGAAUGGGUGCAGACAUGCCAAAGCAGUACCUCCCGCUCCUGGGCCAGCCUAUUGCAUUGUAUAGCUUGUAUACUUUUUCACAGAUGGUUGAAGUGAAAGAAAUUGUUGUAGUUUGUGAUCCAUCUUACAAAGACAUUUUUGAAGACACCAAGGACAAGAUACAUGUAGAUCUCAGAUUUACUGAACCUGGGAAGGAAAGACAAGACUCUGUUUACAGUGGACUUCAGGCCAUUGAUUCUGAUGCUGAACUUGUAUGCAUCCAUGAUUCUGCUAGGCCUUUGGUGUAUUCUCAAGAUGUAGAGAAGGUUCUUAAAGAUGGCUGGCUGCAUGGAGCAGCUGUACUUGGUGUGCCUGUCAAAGCUACAAUCAAGGAGGCAAGUAACAAGAGCUUUGUUGUGAAAACUCUGGAUAGGAAAACUCUUUGGGAAAUGCAAACUCCUCAGGUUAUCAAGCCUGCAUUACUAAAGGAAGGCUUUGAUCUUUUGAAUAGAAAAGGACUUGAGGUUACUGAUGACGUAUCGAUUGUGGAACAUCUUGGUCAUCCAGUGUUCAUCACGGAAGGUUCUUAUACCAACAUCAAGAUAACAACCCCUGAUGAUCUACUACUUGCAGAGAGAAUACUGAAUCCAAGAUCAAGCUCUUAAAUAUUAUUUAAUUGUCUUAAUUAAUAUCCAUCUUGAGCCUUCUUUAAUCUCAUGUCUUGGGCUCCUUUUCAAGUGUAUCCUUGUCUCCCAAUGCCAAUGGGAUUAAGUAGUACUGUCAAAACGGUUUGACAGUUCGGUUUCGGUUCGGUUUGAAAUCGGUUCAAGUGCCUUACAGGUCGGCUUCGGUUUGGUUCAAAUUAUUAUCGAUUUGUUUCGGUUUCGAUUUAUUCUUGAGCGGUUUAAAUUCGGUUCGGGUUGUAAACAAUUCAGGUAGUAAACGGUUCGUUGCAGAGGGGUUGCAGUUUACUAAUGGUUCGAGGUACACAGUUUUUAUCUCGGUUCAAACUGUUUUGGGUUAGAAAUGGUUUGGUUCUUUUUCGGUUCGGUUUUAUUUCAAUUUGGUUUAGAACGAUUUGGUUUGUUAACGGGUUCAGUUAUACGGUUGGUUUAACAUUAUUCGGAUCGGUUCAGUUUUAGGUUUACUAAAAUACUGUUCGAGUUAAUUUUCGAUUUUUAAUCAAUUCGGUUCUCAUUUGGGUCGGUUGGUUUCGGACAGUUAAACGGUUUUGAUUUCAUAAAAAAAAA